AUGGACCUCAACACGCCCACCAAGUACCUAGGUUAUUUCUUGGGACUGCUCUUUGUUUCGGUCACUUUCAAUAUACUUUGGCAACAGCUCCCUCACAAGAAAUCAGACCCCCCUCUUGUCUUUCACUGGUUUCCCUUCGUCGGCAACGCCAUCUCGUACGGCACGGAUCCCUUCAACUUCUACAAGGAAUGCCAACGGAAGCAUGGCGACAUCUUUACCUUCAUCUUAUUUGGCAAGAAGAUGACGGUGUACCUUGGCCUUGCUGGUAACGAGUUCAUCCUCAACGGCAAACUUCAAGAUCUCAACGCCGAGGAGAUCUACGGCCCCCUGACCAUACCCGUCUUUGGCAGCGAUGUGGUCUACGAUUGCCCAAACGCGAAGCUUAUGGAACAGAAGAAGUUCGUCAAGUUUGGUCUCACCCAGAAGGCACUUAAAGCACACGUUCCCCUGAUCGAGAAAGAGACCCUCGACUAUCUCAAGACCGCCCCGGCGUUCAAGGGACCAUCUGGUACGGUCGAUAUAUCGGCCGCCAUGUCUGAAAUCACCAUAUUCACAGCCAGCCGGUCACUCCAAGGUGCCGAGGUCAGGAAGAAGCUGACCGCCGAAUUUGCCGAGCUUUACCACGACCUCGAUCUUGGCUUCCGACCGAUCAACUUCCUCAUGCCCUGGGCACCGCUCCCCCAGAAUCGACGACGAGACGCCGCAAACGCCAAGAUGGGCGCCAUAUACAAGGAUAUAAUCAGCCGCCGUAGGAACAACAGUAAUGGCAAGGGAGUCGGCACAAUAAUGGAGGAAGACGACAUGAUCUCGCACUUGAUGGGCUGCGUCUACAAGAACGGACAGGCAAUCCCCGACAUGGAGAUCGCGCACAUGAUGAUCACGAUGCUCAUGGCGGGCCAGCACUCAUCGUCGUCCUCCAGCGCCUGGAUCAUGCUCCGUCUGGCAUCGCAGCCGGACAUGGUCGAGGAAUUGUACCAUGAGCAGGUGCAGAACCUCGGAUACAACGGCUCCCAACCGCUCCAACACUCGGACAUCGAUAAGCUCCCCCUCCUCCAGAACGUCGUCAAGGAGACGCUGCGCGUCCACUCGUCCAUCCACUCGCUCAUGCGCAAGGUCAAGAACCCAAUGCCAGUGCCCAACAGCGACUACGUCAUCACGGCUGACAAGGUGCUCGUCGCAUCACCCAUCGUGAUGCACCUCAGCGAGGAGCACUUCCCCAACGCCAUGGUCUGGGACCCGCACCGCUGGGACAGCCGCGUCGAGGUCGAGACGGAGGAGGAUAUGGUGGACUACGGUUACGGCGUCAUGUCCAAGGGCACACGGAGUGCGUACCUGCCCUUUGGUGCGGGCCGCCACCGCUGCAUUGGCGAGAAGUUCGCCUAUGUCAAUCUCGUUACCAUCAUCUCGACUAUCGUGAGACAUAUGAAGCUCGGUACGCUGGAUGGGAAGUCGACGGUUCCGCCGACGGAUUAUACGUCGCUGUUUUCGAGGCCGGCUCAGCCGGCUGUGAUUCGUUGGGAGCGACGUUCUGGUAAGGCUUCGUGA